GGCCAAUGGGCUUCUGGGCAAGAUCAAAUGUCACUAUAACAUGAGGUGGUGAGCCGGGCGGGCAGUGUCUGAGCCGUCCUGUCCACAGGGAGCCCCAGCCCUUCUCUCCAGACUCAGCCACAGAAACCACCCGCCACCAUGUCUGACGAGGAAGUUGAACAGGUCGAGGAGCAGUGCGAGGAGGAAGAGGAGGCCCAGGAGGAAGAAGUCCAUGAGGAAGUCCACGAACCAGAGGAGGUCCAAGAAGAAGAGAAGCCGAGACCCAGACUCACUGCUCCUAAGAUCCCGGAAGGGGAGAAAGUAGACUUUGAUGACAUCCAGAAGAAGCGUCAGAACAAGGACCUCAUGGAGCUGCAGGCUCUCAUCGACAGCCACUUCGAGGCGCGGAAGAAGGAGGAGGAAGAGCUGAUCGCCCUCAAGGAGAGAAUUGAGAAGCGCCGCGCGGAGCGAGCAGAGCAGCAGAGGAUCCGAGCCGAGAAGGAGCGGGAGCGCCAGAACCGGCUGGCGGAGGAGAAAGCGCGCAGGGAGGAGGAAGACGCCAAGCGGAGGGCGGAGGACGACCUGAAGAAGAAGAAGGCCCUGUCCUCCAUGGGCGCCAACUACAGCAGCUACCUGGCCAAGGCCGACCAGAAGCGAGGCAAGAAGCAGACGGCGCGGGAGAUGAAGAAGAAGGUGCUGGCUGAGAGGCGCAAGCCGCUCAACAUCGACCACCUCAGCGAGGACAAGCUGAGGGACAAGGCCAAGGAGCUGUGGGACACCCUCUACCAACUGGAGACCGAAAAGUUUGAGUUUGGGGAGAAGCUGAAGCGCCAGAAGUAUGACAUCAUGAACAUGCGGGCCAGAGUGGAGAUGCUGGCCAAGUUUAGCAAGAAGGCCGGGGCCCCGGCCAAGGGCAAAGUCGGCGGGCGCUGGAAGUGAAACCGCCAGAGAAGGUCCCAGAGGCAGCGACCCUUGGCCCACGCAGCCCGUGGGGCAGUGUCCGGCCCCCACGCCUGGGGGCAGAGGCCCCCCCGCCAAACGUCUCUGUCCUGGCUUCCCCCAUGUCCUGGGGUCUGUGAAUAAAGCUGACGGACUCCCUU